AUGAAAGGUGCAAUUUGUAUUGCAAUAUUCUCCAUUAUGAACUACUGCUAUGGGCACAACAUAUUGGUGGUGAUGCCGCUUCCAUUGUAUAGUCACACUAAAUCUUACUUGCCACUAUUCAUCGAAUUGGCAAAAAGAGGACACAAUGUAACAAUGGUCAGUCCGUUUGAAUUAAACGAACCUGUUCCAAACUUUAAGGAAAUUGUCAUAGAGGACACUAUGAAACACAUGAGAGAGGAUAAGCAUGAUGUAAGACUUGUAGAAGGAUUUUUUUUUAGACUGCUUGGUCCCAGACUUUUUUGUAAAUUUCUGCUUGAUGGUGUAUUUAAUUCUGAACCCAUGAAAGCAUUUUUGAAUGAUACUGAUUCCAAGUUUGAUAUGGUCAUUACUGAAACAUUUUUUUGCCAGGAACCAUUUAUAGCUCUAGGGCACAAAUAUAGUGCUAUUCAAGUUUCUGUCCAAACAAUAAACUUAUUCAUGGCCUUAUCUCGCCUAACUGGAAAUCCACUCAAUCCAGCUUAUGUGCCCUCUCCAGCCUUUCCAUCAUCUCACCACUUGAAUUUUUGGGAAAGAUCAAAAAGUACAUUAGCCAACCUACUGGAUUAUCUUAUAUCCCAUGCAUUAUGGCUGUAUUUGGAGUAUUAUAUGAGAAGCCAUUUUGCACCAUAUCCUGGAUUCGAAAAUUUGCCGCCUAUGUUAAAUAUGUUUAAAAAUCUUUCACUUGUUCUACUUGAUAAUCAUAUGGCAAUAACUUACCCUCGUCCAUAUCUUCCAAAUAUAGUAGAGAUUGGUGGACUGACUAUCAAAGGAGGAGAUAAACUCAAUGAAGAAUGGGAAAAAUAUUUAAAUGAAUCUGUGGAUGGAGUAAUUUACUUCAGCUGGGGAUCCCAUUACAAAACAGAAAAUAUGAGGCCUCACGAACUCACUGCUUUCAUGUCAGCAUUCGGAAAGCUAAAACAAAGAGUACUGAUGAAAGUAGAUGAAGAUACCAUGCCGGGAAAACCUGAUAAUGUAAGGCUGGCCAAGUGGGUACCACAAGCUAGUAUACUAGGUCAUCCCAAUGUCCGUGCUUUUGUUAGUCAUGGUGGACUUCAUGGAAUUUUGGAAGGAACUUAUCAUGGAGUUCCUAUCGUAGGAACUCCUCUUUUUGCUGAUCAAAAGAGCAAUGUGAGAUUUUGCGAACAGGCUGGUUAUUGCAUAUAUAUUGAUCUUGAUACUGUAAAUGAAGAAAUCCUCUUGGGUGCUAUUAACAAAAUAAUGACAAAUUCAUCUUAUAAAGAAAACGCGCUUAGAAGAAGUAAAAUCAUGAAAGACAGACCGCUGAGCGUCAUGGAUAACGCAGUCUACUGGGUGGAGUACGUACUUCGACACCGAGGAGCUCCUCACCUGAGAUCUGCGGCUGUAGAACUGUCUUGGUACCAAUAUCUGCUCCUUGAUGUGAUGGUAGUUUGGGGAACAGUCUUAGUUAUGGCUGUAUUAUUGUUAAGGAAAUGUAUCAAAUGUAUAUGUAAAGCGAGGAAAUCAAAAAGUAAAAAAGAUUGA